CAAGUCUUAUUGGUCAUUUACAUCUCUGUUUCACAUUCUUCUUCUUGUUCUUCCUUAACACAAUAUAGAGAAAAUUCAAAAACUAGAGAAUGAAUCCUUUUACAAUCUUGCCAGAAGGCUGCAUAUCGGAGAUCAUAUCGUUAACAACGCCAGCAGACGCCAUUAGAUCAUCGGUUAUCUCAAGAGGAUUCAAGUCUGCAGCUGAGUCUGAUAUUGUAUGGAACAAAUUUCUGCCAUCUGAUCAUCAAGAUAUUGUUUCAAGAUCAGUUUCUGUGGUUGUUUUUGACAGCAAAAAGGACCUUUACUUUAGACUCUCUGAGUCUCCUAUCCUUCUUGAUGAAGGCAGACUGAGUUUUUGGCUUGACAAAACAAAUGGGAAGAAAUGUUAUCUACUAUCUGCAAGGCAAUUGACAAUUUCUUUUUCAGACACCCAAUUAUUCUGGGAACAUACAUCUGAUGCAGAUUCAAGAUUCCCAGAGGUGGCGUUCCUCAAUAGCGUCGAUUUACUAGAUAUCCGAGGCAAGAUUGGAACUCGAGCAUUAUCCUCAAGAACAAGUUAUGCAGCUUAUUUAGUGUUCAAAAUAUCCGAGAGGUACCAUGGCCUUGAAUCAACAAACGCAAUGGUUAGAUUUGUUAAUCAAGAGAGUGAAGAUCAGGCUGAAGAACGAGCUACUACUGUUAUACUAGCAGCAAGAGCGCCGAGGCAUUUAAAAGGAAGGUUACCAGAAAAAAGAACUGAUGGAUGGCUGGAAGUAGGAAUUGGAAACUUUGAAUUAAGAGAUGAUAACGGUGAUGUAGAAGCAAGAUUGUUGGAUUCUAGGCCUUUUCAUGCUAAGUGUGGUCUCAUAAUCGAAGGUGUUGAGUUUCGUCCAAUAUGAUUUGUCAAUUCUACAACGACCUCACAAGUUGAUAUCACAAUAUUAAUUGAGUUCAUGAUCAAAUAUUUAUUGAUACAUUUAGUAAAGUUGUAAUAGACAUGCAGAGUUUGGGCAAAAGAUAAUGGUUCAGAUAAACUCAUAUAUUA